CUUGACGCGCGCAGCACAGGCCACAGGAGACAGAAAAUCAGCGGCUGCCUCCUGCAACUGCGAGCAGGAGCUUCAUCGAUCGGAGUAUCGGACUAGCUAGGAGGUAGGAGCUGCCAUGGCAGCUAGCGCUCUUCUCCUGGUGGCUCUCGCCGUGUUCGUCGCCGCGGUGGCGGCCGCGGCGCUGGACACGUCGCCGGUGCCGUUCGACGCCGGGUACGCGGCGCUCUUCGGGGGCGACAACCUCGUGCGGUCGCCGGACGGCCGCGGCGUCACGCUCAAGCUCGACCGAUACACCGGGUCUGGGUUCGUUUCCAAGGCGGCGUACCGCCAUGGGUUCUUCAGCGCCUCCAUCAAGCUGCCCGGCGACUACACCGCCGGUGUCGUCGUCGCCUUCUAUCUGUCGAACUGGGACGAGCACCCCAAGAACCACGACGAGCUGGACUUCGAGCUGCUGGGCAACCGGCGGGGCCACGGCUGGCGCGUCCAGACCAACAUGUACGGCAACGGCAGCACCUCCCGCGGCCGGGAGGAGCGCUACCUCCUGCCCGUCGACGCCACCGUCGCCGACGCGCACCGCUACGCCAUCGCCUGGACACCCAACAACGUCGUCUUCUACCUCGACGGCGUCCCCAUCCGCGAGGUGGUCCGCGUCCCAUCCAUGGGCGGUGACUUCCCCUCCAAGCCCAUGUCCGUCUACGCCACCAUCUGGGACGGCUCCAACUGGGCCACCGACGGCGGCAAGUACAAGGUCGACUACGCCUACGCGCCCUUCGCCGCCGAGUUCUCUGACCUCGUGCUCAGCGGCUGCCACGGCGCCGCCGAGGAGUGCCAGGUUGACCUGCUCACGCACGACGUCGCCGUCAUGGCCCCGGCCAAGCGCGCCGCCAUGAGGGGGUUCCGAGAGCAGUACCUCACCUACACGGCGUGCCGCGACAGGGUGCGCUACAAGACCAUGGUGUUCCCCGAGUGCGACGACCUCGCCGACGGUGGCUCUACGUUCCACGAGUGGGGCGAGUCCAAGAAGACGCGCCGCCGGUCGGCGUCGCCGUUGCUCUACUCUUCUAGGAUGCAGUAGGUCGUGGUUUCUGAUCGAGCGGGUCGAGCGCCGAUCGAUGCGUGGCAUCAAGAUAGUUUUCUCGAUCGAGAUUGGUGUGCAUGUAUAUGUAAACAGAGGAUUACAGAUAGAUGCAAUUUUAAAUCGAA